GGCGGUCCAAGGCCACGACUGACGGCAGCGGCAACCGGUUGAAUCCUUGUUUUGACUUGUCCAGAGUGGAUUUGGCGCGUAGAGCGUCCAUCCGUGUCUGCAGAUCGGCGAAACAUGUCCAAGAGCAAGUGGCCGUGGGCCAAGGAGGUGAAGGGCGUGGACGACGUUCGGCCGACGCACCUCGAGGACGCAUACUGCCUCGUCUCGAAGCCGUGCAACCGCGGCAAGCACCGGCCGUGCAAGUACAACCCGCGGUGCGUGGACGUGGUGCUCGAGCGUCACUGGGCCAGGGACGAGCCGCCGCGCUCCAAAACGCAGACGCGCCUCAAGGACGACAAGGUGCGCUUCGCAGGACUGAAGAACGCCGGCGCCCUGUGCUACUGCAACGUCUUCCUCCAGCUCUGGUUCCACAACCCGCACUUCAGAGACGCCAUCUACAAGUGGCACCCUGUGGAGGACGGCGAGAUGACGGCCGAGGAAUUCGUGUCUAGCGAGCUGUACGUGCCGCCGGCGCACUCGAUCAUCGGCCAGCUGCAGCUCAUCCUCGCCGAGAUGGAGUUUGGAAACUCAAACGUGGUGGACCCGAUCGCGCUGGCCGAGGCGUUGAACCUGAACCAGACGGCGCACCAGGACCCGCAGGAGUUCGCGACGCUGUUCCUCAACUGCAGGAGCUACAUCGCGGACAACAUCACGCACAAGCUGCUGAUGACCGAGUACCACUCCGUCAUCAGGUGCAACGAGUGCGGCCAGGCCAACACGACCAGCAACUCGAUGCUCAACUUUGAGCUGCCGCUGUCGGCCAAGAAGCAGACCGUGUCCGAGAUCAUCAAGCAGACGAUGGACGGCGAGACGCUGGACGGUGACAACCAGUACUUCUGCACGCGCUGCGCCAAAAAGUGCGACGCCCUCAAGAAGCUCGAGUUCACCAAGCUGCCGCCGACGUUCAUGGUGCAGGUGCUGCGCUCCGAGUUCAACAGGGAAAAGAACCAAAUCACCAAGCUGAAAACGUUCCUGGAAAUCCCGCAGCAGCUGGAGCUGGGCGCGUUCGCUGCCAAGGACGCGCCCCUGUCGCACUCGUCCUACAAGCUGAGCGCCGUCGUCGUCCACCUCGGCACGGAGGUCUCUGGCGGACACUACAUUGUGAACAUCAGGGACGCCAAGAGCGGCAAGUGGUUCUCCUUCAACGACGUCAGCGUGGAAAACAUGAACAAAGACUGCUUAGUGGAGGGCGCGAAGAGCUGCAAGGCGAGCAAGGUGGAGGCGGACUCGCUGCUGUCCAACAUCGCCUACCUGGUCGUGUACGACUCGGUGGCGGCGGCGAGCGUCGAGCCCGAGCUGCCGGCGUGGCUGCUGCCGGUGAUCGAAACGCGCAACCGCGAGCUGGAGCUGUCCGAGGGGCUGCUGGCGUCCGAGGAGCUGCAGCGCACCACCCAGUGGCAGAGCAACAAGGAGUACAUGACACACAUGCAGCAGAUCAUCGGCGCCAAGACGCACAACGCAGAGUUCGUGCCGCUCAAGUGGCUGUGUGCGUGGGCCGAACACCCGCAGACCAAAACCAAGAUCGACAACGAGCCCUUCCUCUGCCCGCACAAGCGGCUCGCCUUCACCAAGGUCUGCGCCACCAGGCUCGUCAGCACAAAUGCGGCGGAGGAGCUGUUCGAGAUGUACGGCGGAGGUCCGCGGCUGGCGCUGAAGCAGAGCCUGUGCCACGAGUGCGUGGCGGCGCACUGCAAUUUGCUGCAGCUGAACGAGAGGCUGGAGAAGGACGCCAAGUGGGUGUCGCAGGACGUGAAGCGGCCCGGCGCGCCCGCCUUCUGGGUCAGCAAGAGCGGCUUCGCGCGCUGGAAGGGCCUCGCCAGGGCCAGGAUCGAGUGCCGCCUCGCCGAGUGCGAGGACAAGGACGAAAAGGAGGACAAGGAGGAGAGCGGCGACGACGCGGACAAGCCCCAGCCCGUCCAGCCCGCGCAGGUGCCUCCGCCGGCCCCGUCCACCGACGAGCCCGACCCCAGCACCUUCGUCUUCAACUCGGAUCUGCUCUGCCAGCACGGCGGUUUCACGACGAACGAGAACGUGCGGCGUCUAGUCUCGGCGGAGGUGUUUGAGCGGCUGCGGGCGUACCUUCCGGACGCGCUGGAGCUGCCGCAGGACGCGGCCACCUGCAAGAGUUGCCAGGAGGUCGACCUGCUGGCCAGCAAGCGGCAGGUGCAGCUGGAGGAGGUGGCGCGGCAGCUCAGGGAGAAGGUGCCGGCGCUGCUGUCCUUCCCGAACGCCACCAACCCCAACAACAAACACGUCGCCUACGAGACGCGCGCCAGCAGGCCGGACACCCUGUUCGUCGUCAGCUUCGACUUUGUGCUCGAGCUCAGCAGGUUCGCCAGGAACCCUGGAAAGGCGUCGGCGCCGUCUGAGAUUUCGAACGCGUCGUUGAUGUGCAAGCACCAAAAAUUGCACGUGGACCUUGGUCUGAACGGCCGCUUCGAGGCGCUGGAGAGCGACAAGAGCUUCUGGGUGCUGGUCGAACCCUGCGAGUGGAAACUGCUGGCCAGGCACUUCGUCUACGACUACCAGAUCGAGCUGCACACCGCCACCUCCGAACAGGACGUCGACCGCGUCGAACCAGAGGUGUGCGCCGAGUGUCUGUUGCUGAGGAAGAAGACUGUCGAGUUCUCGUACAAGGGCUGCUACCUGCAAAUCCGCAGGGUCGAGCUGGACGCGAAGAAGGCCGACGAGCACUCGCGGUCCAAGAGACGCAGGCACAAGGACCAUUUCGAGAUCAAGGUCAACGCCCUCGACACCCUUCGCGCAGUCAAGACUAAGAUCAUGAAGAAGCUGGCCAACAACUCGUGCUUCAGCGACCUGCAUCUGUGGACCGAGGACGGCCGCGACCUCAGCGACCUGGCGCUCACCCUGCAGGACUACCAGGUGCGCCAGGGCGGCGUGCUGCUGCUCAAGGAGGACAAGCUGAGCAACGAGUCGGACGAGGAGCGGCCCUCCGCCAUGCUAGUCGACCCCGAGCAGGGCUUCACUGGAACCAUUCUGGCGCAGCAGUGAAUCCAAGUGCAUUUACUUUUUUCUACUACUAUAUAUUGCCGCGCAUCAAGUGCCUCGUCUCUCGUGUUUUUGUUUCUUGCCCCAAACCUGUUAUACUAUUGAAUAUAAUAAUUUUGAUAAUAAAGUGACAAA